UCAAAUCCUAACCUAAGUUCAGUCUUCUUGCUUUUGCCUUGGUUUUUAAAUAAACACUCAUCAAUAACUUGUACACAGUAAUAAUGCGUGAUUAUAACCAAUAAACAAAAAUGUCUAUUUAUCGGUGUAAAUUAUUUAAUAACAAUAAAUGUUUUAUUUCGAGCACAUAUUCGAAGACGAAUGUAAUUCGUCUCAAUAAUUUCAGAUGUAGCAUUUAUUUGCAAAGAAGUUGUAACAAAAACGAGCGUUCAGCCGAAAUAGCAAAUUCAUAUACGUGGACAGAUUCUGAAUAUUGGGACAAUGUCUGGAAAGAAAGACAGUAUUUCUUACCGAAAAACAACGAAAAGGACCAUUUUAAAAUGAUUUUGCCACCACCUAAUGUUACAGGGGUUCUUCAUUUGGGACAUGCCCUGACUUGCACCAUACAAGAUGUUCUUGCUCGAUGGCACCGAAUGAGAGGAAAAUCUGUAAUUUGGGUACCAGGUUUGGACCAUGCAGGGAUAGCGACUCAAGCUAUUGUAGAAAAAUAUUUAGGAAGAACGAAAGGAGUCAAUAGACAUGAACUAGGCAAAGACGAGUUUCUUUCUUGUAUUGGAAAAUGGAAAGAAGAAAAAAGUAAUACAAUAAGAAAUCAGUUGAAAGCUAUGGGUAUGAGUUUGGAUUGGAGUAGAGAAUUCUUUACAAUGAGCAAGGAGCAUUCCGAAGCAGUAACAGAAGCUUUUUUUAUCAUGAGCCAGCAGGGUCUUUUGUACAGAAACAAAGCUCUAGUCAAUUGGUCAACGAGUCUUGGCAGCACGAUUUCCGACAUGGAAAUUGAACAUGUUCAUGUUACUCAAAGAAAAGAUUUUCUUGUGCCAGGCUAUCCAAAAAAAAUACCAUUCGGCCUGAUAGCAAAAGUGACUUUAAAUUUGCUAGAUUCGAAGGAACACGUAACGAUUGCAACAACGCGAAUAGAAACGAUGCCAGGGGAUGUUGCAAUCGCUGUCCACCCGGAAGAUCCAAGAUAUUCUCGUUUCAUUGGUCAGCGAGUCUGGCAUCCGAUUAGAGAAACUCCCAUACCCAUCAUAGGAGAAUCUUCUGUACAGCAAGGUUUUGGCACAGGAGUUGUGAAAGUUACUCCUGCUCAUCAUCAUGGCGAUUUUGAUAUAGCAAAACGACAUAAUUUGGAUAUUAUUGAUGUGAUCGGAUCUGAUGGAAAUAUGACUGCCAAUGCGGGACGUUUUGAGGGUCUGAGAAGAUUCGAAGCACGAGAACAAAUUUUGGAUGAAUUGGCGGAGCAAGGAGCGUUGAAAAGUUUGGAAAAUCACGAGAUGAUGGUUCCGGUUUGUUCUCGAUCGGGUGACGUUGUCGAAUAUCUCUUAAGGGAGCAAUGGUUUUUAAGGACUGAAGAAAUGGCAAAACAGGCCAUUGAGGCUGUUGAAAACGGAUCAUUGAAAAUCAAUCCACCAGAAUGGGCACAAGUUUGGUGCGAUUGGCUCAAAAUUAAUAGAGAUUGGUGCGUAUCUCGACAAAUCUGGUGGGGUCAUAGAAUUCCAGCUUAUCGUAAUGAAAACGGCGAUUGGAUAAUCGCGCGAUCCCGGCAAGAAGCUCUUCAGCAACUUCUUCAAAAAGGAAAUCACGAAUACGCUGAUUUGAAAAUAGAACAAGAUCCGGAUGUUCUGGACACAUGGUUCUCAUCGGCACUCCUUCCCUUAACCGCUAUGGGUUGGCCCAAUCCAAAAUUUGAGAAAUUCUUUCCUCUCAGUCUUAUGGAGACCGGACAUGAUAUCAUAUUCCUAUGGGUCGCCAGGAUGGUCAUGUUGGGAAUGAAACUCACAAACACAAUGCCUUUCAAGGAAGUGUUAUUUCAUGGGGUUUUGUGCGACGCUCAUGGCAAAAAAAUGUCAAAAAGUCAAGGCAACGCCAUCAGGCCAGAGCAUGUAAUAAACGGUAUCAGUCUUGAAGAACUUAAUGCCGAAGCUGAGAAAAAUGCUGAAAAUGGUAUUUUGAGUAACGAAGAACUCAAGAGAACCUUGGUGGCCAAUAAAAAAAUGUUUCCUGAUGGCAUACCGGCAUGUGGAUCGGACGCACUACGUAUGACUUUGUGCGCACACAAUAUUAAAAACAGUCGAAUAAGUUUCAACGUGAUCGAGUGCCGAACGAACAAUCACUUUUGUAACAAAAUAUGGCAAGCGACAAAAUUCGUUUUACGAACGACAGAAAACUGUGGAAAACAUGUGAAAAAACCUGAACACUUAAGUAACGUUGAUCGAUGGAUACUCAGCCGAUUGAGUCGCAUGGUUACCGAAGUUAACGAUGCAUUUGAGAAUAGAAACUUUUAUAAAGCAGUAUCGGCAUUAAAACAAUUUUUCUAUUACGAAUUUUGCGAUUUUUUUCUGGAAGCAACAAAGCCAGUUUUCAAGAGCGAACAACGGGAAAUAAUGGAAAGCCACUGGUACAGCCUUGCCAAAUGUCUCGAGGUUUCUCUAAGAGCUCUUGCACCAAUCACUCCUUAUUUAUCCGAAGAUUUAUACGCUCGAUGCGCUGAAAAGUUGCCAAACAUCUUCUUAUCCUUGCCUUCGCUGCUUGAGGCCUCUUUCCCGAAGAGCACCGAUGACUUUGGUGCACCCAGAGAUCUUGAACUCGAAAUCAUAUUCAAUCAGAUUCUCGAUGUUGUGAAAGCAAUCAGAAACGCUCUUACGCAUGUGGCUAAAAGAUCUGACGCGGAAAUUCAUAUUGUCACUGACGUCUCCGGGAGCUUGAAUCAUUUCGCAGAGAAUUUAAAUUUUAUCGCAGCUGUGACAAGAAUUCAAAACAUCCGAGUAUUUCCAUCGAAUAAAUAUGAGUCAAGAGAAAACAGUGUUUUGUUCGAUAUCGAUGGAUCCGAAUGUCGGAUAUUUCUACUGCUCACCAGUAAAUCAUCCAUUGCACUCGUGAGAGAGAAAAUGGAGAAAAAACAUGCACAGUAUGAAAAAAAAAUGGCGAAUUUUCACAGACUGACUAAAUCUGCACCGAAAUCCGAGGAUGAAGUGAUUCAGGAUCAUGAGAAGGUUCGCAUAGACAGAUGAAGAAGUAAGAUGAAAAAUUUGGAUAUGAAAUUAAGAUGAGAAAACAAUGAUUACAGACGAAUCAAAGGAAGAGCUGUCCAUUGAUUAGAUAAAAAUAAUAAAAAUUAUUCGACGUUCAUAUCCUCGUCGCUGUCGUCGCUGCAAGUCUCAUCUUCCGAAUCUUCCCCUUCGCCUUCAGACUCUGUGGAUUCGGAAUCGAGCCACACUUGCGAGGAAAAAUCAUCUCUCAUUAUGGUUUUCCAUUCGUUCAACUUCUUCGUAUCUGCAAAAAAAUUGGACAAAAAAAUACAAAAUUCAUGACACCAAAAUUCGUAUGCGUGCGUGAAAGAUCGACAGAUCAAUCAAUAGUUACCGAGCGAAUAAAAAUCAUUGAGAGUAAA